UAUAGCUGUAACGUCGUUUAAUACGUCGAGACAGAUGCCUCUAUCCUGUCGUGCCUUAGAAGAAAGAAUCAGUUACCAAGAUUUUUCCAAAGUGUAUGCAUUCGAGGACCAUCCAGAAUGUUUGGCGGAAAACAUGUUUUUCUUCUUAUCAUCUCGACACUGUUAAUAAUUCAAGAUGUCAAACGCUGUUGGGUUACGGCAGAUGAGCUUCCGAUCCAGCACGGCGUCCUCUUUGUCGGUGUCGGCUAUAACAUUAUAGAUGGUAACCCUGAAGGAGGUGACUUACAAACUGGAGGCGUAGAUCCAGGUAUAUUGAUCAGUCGACGGAUCUUCAAAUUCACUUAUGACCAAGGGCAAACAACUGCUGACCUGACGAGUCGCAUUCCCGACGAGAUAUCGUUCGUACCGCGAGACAGUGCCUUUUCAGAAUCAUCACUGUCAACGUUUCAUGGUACAAAAAGUUAUGCUUCCAAACUCGCCGCUCAAGUUGAAGUAACAGGUGGAUACGAAGGUGUCAUGGCCGAGGUCCAAUUCGCUGCAAGUGCCCGUUACCAACAAGUGGCUGACAAAACGUCUGGUGAAGGAUCUGUGUUUCUAAGUAACGAUACAGUCACAAACCUUGGACAAGCACGUUACCGGACGGAACUUGCGCUCACCGGGAAGCAUUUACUCUCACCCGGCUUUGUGGCUGCCGCCUGCCGCCUUCCACAGACCUACACGGAAGCAGAUUAUAUGGAAUUCAUGGAAGCCUGGGGAACGCAUGCUAUCGUACAGGCUGAUCUGGGAAUUAGGGAAGGUGAAAACUUGGAAGAAAAACGAUCAACCUUCGUCAAUUAUGCAGCUCAAAAUGUUGAAGGAAGCAUCUCAGCUUCAGGAGCCUAUGGUGGCUUCAGUGCUUCCUUAUCGGUUGAUAUGGAAUCAUUCAAUAGCGCAAUGGACAGUGAAACCAAGUUCGGCAGCAGUUCUUCAAAGUACAGAAUCGGAACCGAUGAAUUAAACGAGCCCAUCAGCGUAAUACUGAUUGCCAUGCCAGAGAUCUUCGUAAACGACUACUGGACGGGAUUAGAUGACUAUAUAUCUGAAGGCCACUGCACCGCCUCUUUUGAUCGUGAGAGCGUGAAACGAAAUAUAGACCAGGCUUUAUCGAACUACGGCGAAUGGCGUGAAAUGGAAAGGAGCACAAAUCCAGCCAUCCAAAUACCUCUAACAUGGCCGGAUGGGGUCUACGGUCUUCCCAAGCCCUACAACGGUUGCCCUACUACUGAUUGGGACGAGGGAUCUCGCAUUCAAUUUUAUGUCGCAGAUGAUGAACGAGAAAACAAAUGGAGCAACGUAAAUCUGUUUGCGGGUUAUAACUACGAAACGUUUUAUUCAAGACAAGAGUUUUGCAUAAAGACCGUAUCUACCAUUCCUGGUUCUAGAUGGCAAUGGCAACCUGGAUCUUAUUGCAUCUACCAAUUUGGUUCGACAUGCCCACAAGGCUUCACAUCUAGUAGCAUAGAUUGGGGCUACCCAAAUAAUGACGACACAUUUGACGUACAUGAGGGCAUUCCGCCUUCCGGGACGGACACUAAAAUCAACUUUUGCUGCCGGAAUGAUAACGUUGUUUCACAGAAAAUACACCUCCCCGUUGAUACCAACUUCAUGCUUUUAUCACGCUUUGGUAAAUGUCAAAUGGUUCAUGGUAUGUCGGUGAAGAAGGAAUCGAUCUACUGGCCGACUGACGGCAAGUCCCAACAAUCUGGAGAUAAUCCCUUCAACGGUGUGUAUAACCAGGGCGUGCGACUGACCUACUGCUACUACUACCAUAGUGACUCAGAUAUCCAAUUCUCACCUCAAGCACAAAAGGAUCGAUUUAUAUCUGAGCAAUCGCGAUUUUUUGAUAUUUUUUUUGAGUAUGCUAAUGGCAGUUAAUUAAUUAACCUAAUUUACUUUAGUUAAGUUUUGUUUUGGUUUAUUUUGCUUUUUUCUGUUUUGUUUUAGUUUAGGUUUAGCAUGAUUGGAGCUACUUUCGAAAAAUCAAUUCAAGAGCAAUUAUAAUACCCUAUUGUUUAUCCCAUAAAAAAAACUUUUUCUGAUUACUCAAUCCGUCUUUGUCAUCUUUGCACAUGUCAAUAGGUGAAGCAAAAGAAUAUUUAAAUUGCUUUAGGUUUAAUCGACAGUAGUGGCGAACGUGUUAUUUAUUUUGUUAAACUUCGACACAAUCUUAAAGAGAAGGUUGAGUUCUGGGAAGAGGUGACAAAUAAUUUGUGAGCGUUAUCAAUGUUAUUACGCAAGUGUGGAAGGACAUCA